UAUCUGUCUACCCCUCACCUCACCCCUUCAGUUUCCACCCACAUCGCUAGCCUACUAAGCGACAUAUCGGCUUGGAGGUCACUCCACUUCCUCAAACUCAACCUUUCCAAAACUGAGCUCCUAGUAUUCCCCUCCCGCCCGCGCACCCCCCCCCCCCCCCCACUGACUAUCGCUAACACCAUCCUCAGUCCAUCCCCUCGAACCGUUCUGUAUCUGCCAAACCUCUCUGCCAAUCCCUCCACUGGUCUCCAUUCAGUGUCCUCCAUCCCUCUCUGCCAAUCCCUCCACUGGUCUCCAUUCAGUGUCCUCCAUCCCUCUCUGUCAAUCCCUCCACUGGUCUCCAUUCAGUGUCCUCCACCCCUCUCUGCCAAUCCCUCUACUGGCCUCCAUUCAGUGUCCUCCACCCCUCUCUGCCAAUCCCUCCACUGGUCUCCAUUCAGUGUCCUCCACCCCCCUCUGCCAAUCCCU